AUGGAGCAGGACCACAUGCUAGUUGGUCCCAGGGGAUCCCAGGUGCCUGCAUCAUCAGCUUCAUUGGUGGUGCAGCCUGUUAGAGCUAGGCGGCGGCACCGGCCCGCCAGCACCACCGACACCACAUCGACCGACGCCAAGAAGAACACUCAAGGGCCGUGUCGGCAGCUGAAGACGGCGAAGGUCACCCGGGUGACCAACAGUCGUAUCAGCAUCGGAUACGACGAGCGCCAUCGGGCUGCACCGACGGCGGAGUUGCAUAGCUCCUUGGCCCACGAUAUUGGCCACGUCAUUCGGACCCAUUGCCCGAUGCAAUGGAAGUCUUGGAAGGUCAUGCCUGACGAGAUCAAGAUGGAGGUUUGCGGCCAGUUGUCGACGAACUACAACUUAGAGGACCUCAACGAGGAGUCGUUGGCGUACGUCAACAGACUCUUCAAUGAGAGGUACAAGCAGUGGAAGAGCGACUUGCACCACCAUUUUGAGGUGUUUGAUGAUCCGCAAGUCGCUCUUCAGGAGGGUUGCCCGAAGGAGUUUGAGGGGUGGGAGGAUAGUUAG